CGUAGAUUUUGGGCAGGGAGAUCCGGGAAACUUUUGACGGGGAAGAAGGUUGUGCGGGUGGCGGGACGAGGUAGGUAGGUAGGUAGGUAGGUAGGUAGAUAGGUAGGUAGAAAGAAAGAAAGAAAGAAAGAAAGAAAGAAAGAAAGAAAGAAAGAAAGAAAGAAAGAAAGAAAACACUAGGUAAAGCCUACCACCGCACGAGAUUGCCGCAUUUGGCCCGAUCCGCAAAGGGUUCUUGAAUUGAUAGCAACCCUCAGGACGCGGAAAUCCAGAUCCCUAAUUGGAUCUUUCUGCCUGAUACGCCCUUCCUCGGAGCUGAACAAGAGUCGAUCACCUUGGGACACUUUCUGUUUUGUUUUCUUGGAAAACACGAGUGUAAAAAGGUGUAUUGAGGUGCUGUCAGAUUAAUAGUUUUUCUAUUUAAUUGAUUUUAAGCAAAAAACAGGUGAAGAUUCCUACCAGGAGAAUUCAUCUCUUGGUAACUUCAGAUUGAUCUUUGAAUUCUUGUUUUGGCUACAGAACUUCUUGCAUGAUAUGUGAUAUGGGCAAUUAUUUAAUUAAGGAUUAAUGCAGCUUUGAAUCUGCUAUGUCCAGUAAUUAAGAUGAUUAAAUCCGAAAUUCUGAAAAGUCACUCAUCUAUUCCACAUACUGAUGAAGUAAUAAUUGCUUGUGAAGAUGAGUCUUUCCAAAAAACAGAGCAGAAGACAAGAAUUCUAGGUUCUGAAGAAGCAAAACAAUUAGCUCAAAAUCAGGUCUUAGUAUCUGAUUUCAAGAAGCAGAAACUUGAGAAAGAAGCACAAAAGAACUGGGAUCUAUUCUACAAAAGGAACAGUACCAAUUUUUUUAAGGACAGACACUGGACAACAAGAGAGUUUGAAGAAUUAAAAGCCUGCCGUAAAUUUGAAGAUCAAAAAUUGACAAUUCUAGAAGCCGGUUGUGGUGUUGGGAACUGUUUAUUUCCACUUCUAGAAGAAGAUUUGAAUGUUUUUGCUUAUGCGUGUGACUUCUCUCCCCGAGCAGUGGAAUAUGUAAAGCAAAAUUCUCUAUAUGAUGCCAAAAGAUGCAAAGUAUUCCUGUGUGACCUGACCAAAGAUGAUCUUGUGGAAAAUGUACCAUUAGAGUCGGUGGAUGUGGUUAUGUUAAUAUUUGUACUUUCUGCCAUUCAUCCUGAGAAGAUGCAUUUAGUUUUGCACAAUAUUUAUAAGGUUUUAAAACCAGGUAAAUAUGUCCUAUUCAGAGAUUAUGGCCUUCAUGACCAUGCAAUGCUGAGGUUUAAAUCUGCUUGCAAGCUGGGAGAAAACUUCUACGUACGACAAGAUGGAACCAGGUCAUACUUUUUUUCUGAUGUAUUUUUGGCAGAACUUUUCCUGUCUGUGGGAUAUGAGGAAAUAGUCAAUGAAUAUGUGUUUCGAGAAACUUUGAACAAAAAAGAAAACAUACGUGUGCCAAGAGUUUUUCUCCAAAGCAAAUUUCGAAAGCCUCAAAAAUAAGCUUUGACUAAUAAGUUGUUGGACAGUUGAAGUUCAAGAUUACUUUCUUAUGUUAUUCAAUUUAAACCAAUUUUUGUAUCAGGUAUGUCCAAUCUGUAGCUCCUGGACAGUUGGCAAUGCAGCCCUAAAAGAUUGUGAAAUUUUAAUAUAUUAUUUUUAGCAAUAGUUACCAUAUUAUGUAUUUUAUAUAUGUUCAAGACAAUUCCUCUUUCUCAAUGCAGUGUAAGAAAGCCAAAAAGUUGGACAUCCACAUUUUACAUUCAUGAAAAUAAGCCUAGCACUUACAUAGUACUCUUCUGUUGAUACAAUCUUGAAGAUUAUGUUUUUAUUUUAAAUAUAAUUCCAUAAUUUUUGGAUUAAACUACCAAUUUUCAGAUUUAUCAUUCAGGAUCAUAAAGCUUUUCUUGGAAAGACUUUAAAAUACUUAUUGUCAGGCAGAUUCCAGAAGUGUGGCUAGCCUCAUAUAUAAGCAGUGUCUGAUUUCACAUGAUAGCUUUGUUGAUACAACAGUGAGCCAGUACUAGCUUACUACAUCUUAGCCUAACAUAAUUGUGAGUACCUAGCCAAUAUAAUUAGUUUAUAAUUCAUUAUUUUUAAACUCAAAACAUUACGUUUUGUUAAACCUUGGUGAGUAUAGUCACAGUUGUACAAACAUAGUAUGUUAGUAAGCCUGUAGUUUAGUUUGUUCAUUAUGAGCCUCUUUUGUGGGUUGUGAAUCUUAAAUUGUGAUGUAAUAUGUUGUGCAAUCCCAACUAAUAGUAGUUCUUUUAAUUCAUUAUUAAAUAAAUUGUAACUCAUCAUAAUGGAAGCCACCUAAGUGACUUUGGGCCAGUCACUCUAUUUCAGCCCAACACACCUCAAAUGGUUAUUGUUGUGGGGAACAUAGGUGGAGGAAGGUGUGUUGGAUAUGUUUGUAUCUUGAGUUAUUUGUAAAAUAAUAAAGGCAGGAAAUAGAGGAUAGAUAGAAUGAAGAGAGGAGAGAGAGAGUCUGAACUCUAAUAUUAGAUAAGCACAUUGGAUGCCCAAAUUAAGAUACCCAUGAAAGAUACCUGUUUGUACACAUAUAUUUUGCUCAUACAUUUUGAAAUACUCUGCUGCUGAACAAAAUAUUUUUGUACAUGUGGUCCUGAGUUUACAACCAUUAAGUGUUCCUUACCUUGUGAUGGCACUGAACUAGAUCAGGGGUCCCCAACCCGCAGUCUGUGGAGCAGCAAGCCAGCAACUGGUUUGCACAAACAAGCAAAGCCCCAUCUGUGGGAUGCAGGCAGCACACAAAACCACACACCCUCCAGGCUGCAGAAAAACCUCUCUCCACGGAAGCGGUCCCUGGUGCACAAAAGGUUGGGGACCUCUGAACUAGAGAAUUUACAAUAUAUUUUGAGAAUUCUAACGAUUGCAGUGUUUCCAUUUUCAUGUGAUUCUGAACCUAGCUUUUGGAUGCCUGGUCCAAAAGCUAGGGUUAGAAUCACAUGAUUGCAGUUACAUGAUUGCAACUUCCAAUCAAACAAACAUAAUGAGGAAACAAGCAGGAAUCAGAAGUCCCAGUCAUAUGAAGUUCUCACUUAACAACCCAUGUAAUCCUCACUUAAAAAUUUUAGCUGAGAGAGCCAGAAUUGCUCUUGUUAUAUAACAGGGUCACGUGACAUUAUGCUUUAUGACUGCAUAACUUAGUGAUAGCAAUUCUGGUUCUACUGCCAUUGAAAUAACUAAAUAUUGUAAAUUGGAGGAACAAGCAAAUGCUUCCUUGAAUACAGAAGCUGUCUGCGAUCAGACAGGAAAACAGGACAUUUGAUUGAUAAAGCUGGGAUGAAGCUAGAAAUUCUCCUAUUUAACAUUAUUGGAUUGUAUUUACUUGGCACACUCAUUUGGAAACUUAGCUAUGUUCACACAACUCAUUAACCCAAUUUUAAGUAAACCAUUGUCAGUUGUCAGUGUUCAAAGAACACAUUGAAGCAUAGAUCAUACUGGCUGAAAUAAUACAAUGAAUUAAGACACAAACUAAAGUACAUGUUAGUUUAAUGUGCAAAUGAAGUGGUGUAGUCAUUGAUACUGGUUUGGUUCAACCCAUUAGACCAGGCUAAAUUUGUGUAUGCUUCAGAGUGUUCUUUCCACUUUAAAUGGGGAAAAAUUGUUAAAGGAGGAUGAGUAAAAAAGAUGGCUACUUCUGUUGUAAUAAGAGCAGGCUUCAGUCUCUUCAGUUUUUUGGCAAUAGGUAAUUAGAAGUAAGUAGGCUAUGUUUGAAAUAUUCCAUUAAUGUUGGUGUUACAACUUCUUGCAUCCAGUACAAUGAGCCAAAAUUAUGUCCUACAUCAGGCAACUUAUUUUUUAAAUAUUGCAAAGGCUGAACUCUCUUACUACAUUAAAUAUUUGCUUAAUAUGAUUAAUUGACUAAACUGCAAUUGGCUUAGCCUUUGUGCCAUUAAAAACAAAAAGUUGGAUCAGACAUGACUUGAGAGACCUGUGAUAGGAAUCGCCUGAUGUUUUCUUGGCCCAAAUAGAUGGGAAAUCUGGGCCAUGUGGCCCUUGACCAAAUUGUAAAAUCAUUCUCCUAGUAAUCAUUUAUGACUUGGAUCAAAACAAACUGUCUCUUGUGCUGGCAGCCCACUAGGCAGGAAGUGAGAGGGAGGGGGGAGGGAAGGAGGGAGAAGCAGCCAUAAAAAAGCAGGCCUGGCAGAAAAAGAGUAAGGGAAAAAGGCGGUUAUGUUCACUCUGGGCUUUGCUUUCCCUAGCACAAUCCUAUGAAAUCACAAUGCUCAUUCAGGCUUAAAAUCAGUUAGCAGAAAGCCAAGUUUCAGUCAGGUCAUGGCGGUGGGCUGAAAAGCUAAUCUUUUAUUCUUCUUGAGUUAUAUUCCUCAUUUUCAUUUCCUGAAACUUAUAACUCAUAAGAGGUUAGAAGAAUAGGGUAGGUGCCUUUUCCUCUUUAUUUAUUGUGGGGAGAAGAACUUGUAUGAAGAAAGCUGCACAAAUCCAGCCAGUAUGUUUUGAAAACUGUGAUUUAAAGCUUAAUAGGUUGUCAUUUCAGUCAGCCAUCCUAUUCAGGUUAAGGAAGCCAUGGCUUAGUGUAUGAACACUGCCACUGUAAUUUAAUUAAGAAACUAUGUUUAAAACCAAACAAUGGCUUAGAAUGAUACAUUGACCCGGUACUAAAUUUAAUAUUUGAAUAUUUUCAGUCUGUUCUUGAAUGAUUUAAAAGUUGAUUGAUAAAAAGGGCAUAAUUUGGGAUGCUUUAUUGAUUAUAUUAGGUAUCAAGUAUACUUCAUAGCUAAUUAGUUCAUGCUUUUCUUUUUGAUCAGAGUUAUAUUCAACUUCAUUUACACUAGUUUUAUAGCACCGAAGAAGACAGAGUGUUGGUACUGAUAGGGUGGAAUGUACUUGCACAAUAUAUUGUUGGGAUGAUUACUUGGUAACUGUUUUCAAAACAAUUUCAGAGACAGUCUCAUUUUAACUGGGCUCCUGUAAUAUCACCAGUCCAUGCAGGAAAUCUCUGUACAACAUUGUGACAUAAUCAAUUUCUGUUACCAUGGAUCAGUUCUUUUGCUUAAAUUUUUUUCAGUUUACUUUCAUCCACAUGCCUUAUUAUUUGUUACUAAAAUUAUAAAAAGAAAUUCAUUGUUGGUUCUUCUAUCUGGCAUAUACACAACUGACUUAUAAACUUCUGAAUUGUUAUAUAAUGUUAGAAUGGCUGCCUAAAAUCAUAUGGUAACAGAAGUGAAAAUAUUGGAUAAUUACAUGACAAUCCCAUUUUUGCUGUUAAGGUAUCUCUUAAUUAAUCUAAUUGAUCUAAUAGUUGUAUUUCAUCAUUCAGAAGAUCCAAAAUAAAGUGGGCUGACUAGGAAGUA